AUAUAUUUGAUGUUUCACUAGCACUCUUCAAUUACUUCCUUAUUUUUUCUUCUCGCAAAUCAUUCAUCAAACCCUAAAUCACCUGAGAAUCAACAAAGAAAAGAAAAGAAAAGAGAGAAGAUGAUGAUGAAGGAUUUGAUCGAUGCUGCCAUCAAGAGCACUUACGAUACUCGGAGCCCCGGUGGAGUCGAUCGUUGCGUCGAUCUAUUGAUUCGGUUGAAGUCUGUGUCUCUCUCGGUCAAGGAUAUUCUUUACUUCUCCGAGUCGAUUUUCAAGCUCGAGACUUUGAGAAGACACCGAAACCCUAGAAUCCGGCAAGUAUCUCAAUCUCUGUUUACUUCCUUGCUGAAGACGCUCUACUCCCAAGGAACAGACGAAUCCAUUAGUCUUGACGCAGGUCGUCUGAAGAGGAAAGGGGCAACGGUCGGGUCUUUGACCAAGAAGAAGGCAAGGACCGAUCUUUUGGUUUCGGGCAAUAAACAAGAUCACAAAACUCUCAAUGCCUGCAAGUCAGUUACGAAGAAGCCUCCAUGUGGAUCACUUCAAGAUUCUCACAAGAUUUCAUCUGUAACUGCCGCCACGGCUCUUCCUCAGCAAUUGAGACGGGUCAUUAACGACAAAGAUGGUAGGGUUACAACCAAAACCUUGAUUCCUCCUCCGAGGAGAGUCGCUGCUUGCAAGAACGUUCCAGCGAAGGAUUCUAGAAACCCUAAUACAGAGGAGAUGGUUGAGUUGUUCGAAGCAGCCAAGAAAGCGGCUGACUUGGCCAACGCUAAGGGUAUUCUCCCUGGCAAAGCAGACGCGUCUCGCUGCGUCGAGGCUAUCUCGUUGCUCAUGAAGAUGAACGUCUCUCCAAAACCUAAUGAGCCAAGGAGGAUGAUGGAGAGGCUUCAGGGACUUGCCAAGCACAAAGACCAUGCGAUUUGCAAUGCUGCAUUAGCCCUUCUCCAGCUUUGGAGGCAGAGGAUCAGAGAACAAGAACGUAAAGAGUCGUUUGCUACCAAGAAUACUCGAACAUGCGGUCAGGGCUUCAGAAGAGAACCUAUAAAGGCAAUGAAGUUGGUGAUGUGAAGAUCGUAGCUUGAACCAAAAGAAUGUAUAUGGUGAAUUCAAUAGAUUGUAGUAAAUCAUUGGUAUCUAGAGUAGAUUGAGUAGUACGAAAGUGAGGAAGAGAUUGAAACCAUUUGUAAGAAACUGAUUCGAUAGUCAAUAAAAUAAGAUUUAUUUUUGUUUCUUAUUUUAUUUCACACAGUUGCAUGACAUGAGUACUUUGUUUGAUACUGAA